GUGACACCGACUUCACUUUUGGAUCCAUGUCAACUUUCAUGUUAACAGUUUCUUGAUAUCACAUUGCAUUUCCAACUAAACUUCUAAACUUGGCUAACUUCUUUUUGAGACCGCUCCCCCAAAUCUACCCAACCUUCCAUCAAGAAGAGAAUAGUCCACCAACAACUUACUAUAUCCGUCCUACCUAUUUCUCCCGAAUCCAACCGUCUCUUAUCUAUCUGUCAUCAUGAAGCUGCAUUACAUCGGAAUCAUCCAGAACGAGAGCAAGCCGGGCGUCGAGAUAGUCGCCGAGAAGGAGCUAAGCGCCUACUCGCGCUUCACCCGUCAAAACUAUGGCGAGUUCAUGACUAUGUUCGCGAAGACGGUAGCAGAGCGAACGAGGCCAGGGCAGCGACAAGAUGUCGAGGAACAAGACUACACAUUCCACGCGUACGGGCGCACCGAAGGCGUCUGCGGCAUCAUCAUCUCGGACCACCAGUACCCGGCCCUAGUAGCGCACCAGCUGCUAUCCAAAGUCGUCGACGAGUUCCUCGCCGCGCACCCGCGCUCGUCCUGGUCCGCCGGCCAGACCCUCUCCAUGCCCGAGCUCAAGGACUACUUGGCCAAGUACCAGGACCCGCACCAGGCCGACAGCAUCCUCAAGAUCCAGCGCGAGCUCGACGAGACCAAGAUCACCCUGCACAAGACCAUCGAGAGCGUCCUCCAGCGCGGCGAGAAGAUCGAUGAUCUUGUCGCGAAGAGCGAUGGGCUUAGUAGCCAGAGCAAGAUGUUCUAUCAACAAGCGAAAAAGCAGAACUCGUGCUGUGUUCUCAUGUAGACACCCCAUCACUAUUGUUUGCUGCCUAGCUAUUGUGGCUGGUACUAGUUAAGCGACCUGGCGUGCCUC